AAAAUCGGAAAAGAUCUCUUGGCGAAUUCGAAAGAAUGCAAAGCCAUCAGAAUCGAAGAAGCAGCUACACAUCAACAAGGCUCAGCUUUAUCCUACGGUCUAGAUUCAUCCCUUCACCACUCUCCUUCUUCUUCGUCUUCGCUGCCGUCCCUCUUCCGAUCUACUUUUCCGGUUUACUCGCUAGAAUCAACAAACCGGCUUCACUUAUGAGAUUCAACUCGAAUUUAGCUUCUUCAAUGGUGGAUUCGAAUAUAUCUUGUACCACCUUCAAUAUCCUGGCUCCGAUUUAUAAGCGCGUUGAUCAAAAGAAUCAGAGCAUUCGAGAGAGCGAUUUCCGCGCCCUUUGGUUAGCUCGCAACCAGAGGAUUUUAGAUUUGUUACUCCAUAAACGCUCUUCAGUUAUCUGUCUCCAGGAAGUUUGGGUUGGGAAUGAGGAAUUAGUGAAGAUGUAUCACGAGCAGCUUGGCACUUCAGGCUACACUAUUUUUCAGUUGGCUAGAACCAAUGGUCGUGGUGAUGGUCUUUUAACAGCCAUCCAUAAGGACCACUUUAAAGUUUUAAAUUACCGGGAGCUGCUCUUUAACGAUUUUGGAGACCGUGUUGCUCAGCUAUUACAUGUCAAAUCAGUUGUUCCCUUUCCGCUUAAUGGGAAGCAAGACAUUCAGCAAGAAGUUAUUAUAGUGAACACUCACCUGUUGUUUCCUCAUGAAUCUAAGUUGUCUUUUGUAAGAUUGCAUCAGGUUUACAAAAUUCUUGAAUAUCUGGAAGCUUACCAAAAGGAAAAUAAACUUAAUCACAUGCCCAUUAUUCUUUGCGGUGACUGGAAUGGAAGCAAACGCGGGCAUGUCUACAAAUUCUUGAGAUCUCAAGGGUUCAUAUCAUCAUACGAUGAUGCUCACCAGUAUACAGACAGUGAUGCUCAUAGGUGGGUUAGCCAUAGAAACCACAGGGGAAAUAUAUGCGGAGUUGAUUUCAUAUGGCUCUGCAACCCUAGCGAUUCAAGAAAACCACUGAGAACAAGUUGGGUGGAAGCUGUGUUCAGCAUUGGCAAGCAACUUCACAAAGCUUCCAUAGCCAAGGGCGAUGCCUUUGCUUUUCUUGGGGAAAAUAAUCGCAGUGAUUCACUAACCUACUCUGACUUUUGCCAACUACUUCAAAAGGUAAAUCUAACGGGUACUGCAGAUGGACUUAGCGUUGAAGAGACAAAAGAGUUAUGGGUUCGAGCUGAUCUUGAUGGAAAUGGUGUCUUCGACUAUGAAGAACUUAAGAAAAUUUGGAACACGACGAUGGUGAACAAACCUGGAAACUGCAAAGAGAGUAUGAUGGAGAGUAAGAAAGAAGAAGGAGAAGAAGAAGCAAUCGGAUUGAGAGUGAAGAAAGCGGUGUUGUUCCCACAAGAAGCAGAGAAAGGACUGUGGCCGGAGAACUACAAUAUCUCCGACCAUGCUUGUCUCACCGUACAAUUCUCUCCGGUCAAAAUGGUCUGUAGCUAAGUUUUGUUUAUUACGUACGGCUCUUUGUGAAAAAUGUAAAGAAGCAAUGAGAUUGAAAAUUGCAGUGAGAGAAGUUUACAAACCUUUGUAUAUUGUAUAGUUUUUCUGUGAUUGCAUCACUGUUUCUGAUAUAAAUUAAAGGUUUAGUUUUUUUUUUU